GACAGAAUAUCAGAGUUCAAUAAAGUAAACUACAUUCUUGUCCGGGCAGUGACAGUGACCGCCAUUGGGAGAAAGAAAGAGGAUUGCUUGGAGCGGAGAUGGAAGGCGUAGCUUCGAGACUGAGCCGGGCGUCAUCGAGAUACAGCGGCCCUUCCGCGACGGCGGUUUUCAACGGCCGUGUGAGGAAGUGGAAGAAGAAGUGGGUACGCGUCUCAACUUCACCGGUCGGCAUUUUCCGAGCAUCUAAACCCACCGCUCGGAGCAACUCUAGUCAACACCAUCUGCUUCUCCAUAAGUGGACCCCACUCUCCUCGACGACGGUUACAGCAGCCUCCGGCGAGGCGGAAGAGCCGCCUAAGCGAAGAUUCAGAUACGCUCCAAUUGCGAUGCUUGAGCGUAGAGAGGAAGUGGCCAGUAAGGAGGAUUCUGAAACUGAAGGUUUAGCGGAAGAGAGUGAUGAAUUCGACGAUGAAUCUCCGUUUCACAGAGGCGUUGAGCUGGACAUGAACAGGACAGACACCGACCAAACUAUGGAAGCAAAAACAACUCGCCACUGGAGGCUGGGACUGUGUCUGAAUUCUCAAGGGACUGAAGACUGAAGAAAAAUCAUAUUAAAUUCGGAUGAAGCAACAGUAAGAGAGUCUCAGGAUUUGGUAUUGUUGUAUCUAUAAUGUUUUAGAUGUGAGUCAUGUGACUUAUUCUAGGCUUUUUAUUGCACUUUAAUCCUUCUGGAUCCUUAGGUAUUGUGUCUCUAGUUAGAGGAAGCUCUUAUAUUAUGAGUAUGACCAAAUAGCCUGGCUCCAUGCGAAUCAUAUCAUAUCAUCCUUGUGGGAUUUGAUGCUCCUC